UACGCUGCGGAUUCAAAUUGACAAUUCGCGGCGUCUCAACAGCUGUUCGACCAUUAUUUCAACCUCAAAGCGAUUUAUACUAAUUUAUUGCACGUGUUUUCAUUUUAUAUAUACUAGAAGAUCAAUAUCAGAACAAAGAAUAUCAUGGACGAAGAAGCUGGAGUUAGAGCUCCAGUUACCAGACGCCGGGGAAGAAUAUCUGUGGAAGUAUCGGAUGAGGGUAAAGCUUCAUCAGCUCCUGGUACACCGACAAAGAAAAGAGGUGGUCGGAAACCUGCUAAGACAGAACUUGAAUUAAUUAAUGAAAAUGUUGUAGAAGAAAAUGUCAAACCAACAACAAAGAAAACUGCAGUAAAAGAGAUAAAAGAUGCUGAAGAGAAACCUGUGACCCCAUCAAGGCGGAGUGCAAGAAUAAAAUCAAAUACUAGUAUUGUAUCUGAUACAGUGCAAAGUUUUGAUUCUCCCAGAGCUAAGAGAGCUGCCAGGAGAACAUCUCAAGCUGGAAGUGAUAAUGAAAUACCGCUUACGCCCAUUAGGCAAACUCGACGAACAAGGCGAGAUUCAACAUCAAGUAUUGAAAAGCAAGAUGCAGUAACAUCAGAUGUAAAGACAUCAAAAAUACCUGAACCUAUCUCAGAGGAACCGGAAAAUAUCACUAAAGUUACAAAUGGUGAACUUAAAACUUCAGAUAGCGAAAACUCAAAACAGAGCCCUAUUCGAAGGAGUCCAAGACUUAUGAAUAAAAAUUCCGUAACAAAUACACCAGAAAAAGAUGAUAAAAACGUUGUUUUAGAUGAUAAUGCCGUUAAUACAUCUCAGUCUAAGAAAGAGGAAUCUGAAGAUGAUAAAGUGUCAUCAACUAUUGGUUCUGAGAGUACAAAUGGAUCCAAUACUAAUACCGAAACAAAAGAAAUGUCGCAGUCAGACAAACUAUCAACCUCCAGUGCAAAUCUAAUUAAAGAUCUAGAUGUAAAUCCAUCGAAAAGAUCACAUGUGAACAAAAGUAUGUCAGAAGCUCAGGAAACUAGUAAAGUGAAACAAAAGAGACAAAGGACUAAAUCUUGGACAACAAUUACUGCACCAGCUUCAACAAAUACUGAUUUCUAUAGUGAUAAUGAGAAAACAAGAAAAAAGCGUCAGUCGAAAUGUUAUGUUGUUUUAGAAAAAGUUGAUAAUUCUGGAUCUGGUGAUUGCAAAUUGAACAGUAGCAACAGUGUUGAUAAACAGAAGGACCUUGGUGCUUCUGAAACAAAUAUUAUGAACAAAUCUUCAACAAAGAAAAAACCAUCACUUGACACACCUAAUAAAUUGGAUUCUAAAAAUGAAGCUAGUCUAGACAGUGGUAUCACAAAUCUGUUUAAAAAUGAUCCGAGCAAUAAUAUCCAAGCUAUGGUACUAAUGGAAGAUUCAGACAGUAGUUGCAAACAAACAAACAAUCUUAAAGAUGUGAAUGAAGAUCAAUGCGUUCCAGUUGUAGAUCAUAAGUUAGAAGAAAAAAGUAAUGACGAACCUGAUUAUUCUUUAACGACCAACUUUGGAAAUGCAAAAAAUGAGUCUAUUUUUAAACACGCAAAAUCUUUUGAACUCAAACAGCCUAGCUCGAAUGACUCUUGCGAACCAAUGGAUGUGGAUGAAACUUUACCUGAAAUACUAACUAAUAAUUUAUCCAACAAAGAAAUAGAAUCAAAAGAAAAAUCGAUAUCUCGUGAAGCUGCUACAAAUGAAAGUUUAACUAAAUCGCCACUGAAAUCUUCCAUGCGUGUUUCAACAGGCGAAACUUUGGAUAAAAGUUGUAAUGAAAAUAAAAGUACUCUAAUACUAUCUCAAUUGAAGGAUUCAAUCACUGAAAACAAAUCGCCACAAAUACUAUCCAAGUCAGUUAAUGUCUCGGCUGUGAUCGCAGCAACGACGGAAAUUAACAAAACUCUGUCAAAGACAUAUUUAACUAGUACACCUCUCCAGAAAAAGAAUGUGGAAAAACAAGACGAUCAGAUUUCAAACAUUUUCGAUCACAAUGUUUCUAAGAGUAAAGCUAAAGUUACUCCCAAAAAAAACAUGUCGGCUAUAACAAAUAGUCAAUCUUCUGAAGCAGAAUCCAGUGCCGACGAGGAAUCUGACGCCAGUGAUAAGGAGAGUUUACUAGACAAUGAAGCUGAAGAAGCCAGUGAUAACUAUUUAUCUGGAGAUAGUCGAGAUGAAGAGGAGAAGCAAUAUGAAAAAGAAAAUGAGGUAGUGGAAAAGGGAGAAACAUUAACAUCUGAAGAAGAGUUCUCCAAUGACUCUGAUUAUGAAAAAGAUUCCUUUCUGGUUUCUUCUAAUGAAGAAGACAAUGAGCUACUCAGUGGAAGCAGUGAUGAUUUAUCAAUGAGUGAUAAUGAGCUGAAAAUGACAACAAAAUCGAAGCAAAAAUAUAACGAGAGAAAAUUAAAACAGCAAAAACAAGCAUCUAGAGAAAUGUACCAAUCGCGGCACAAGUUAAAUGACUCUAAUAAAAGCUCUAAAUCAAAACUACAAAGUUCGGAUUCUUCGGAACCUGAAGAUGAUGUAAUAGGUCCGAGAAAAAACAAGAGAAACCGGCUUGUUUCAAUUAAUGAAUCCGGUGCUAAUUCGGACGCAGAAGAUUCCAUUCAAAUGGAGAACCAACAAAAAGGUAGGAAGUCAUUGGAUAGAAGUGCAUUAAAUGAAAAAGAAAUAACUAUUUGCGAAGAGACGGAAGAUACUAAAGAGAUUCAUGAUCCACUGGCAACUAAAAUAAAAAUAGAACCAAAGACCCCAAUCAAAAGUAUGAAUGUUUCUGUCGGAUUUGUCGAUACAAAUAAUGUAAAAAAUACACCUUGUCAAGAAAACUCAAUGAAGUCUAAAAACCCAUUAGAAGAUUCUGAUGGAGAUAGUUCUUCAUUAAGUAGUGAAGACGCUGACAUUGCCAAGAAUUACGAUAAUGUUCUUAAAGAAUUAAAAUCUAGAAAUACAAAUGUCUCAUUGAAUGUAGAGGAAGAAAAUAAAGAAAAACCACAGACAAAAGAAUCUAUAAAAGCAAAGAAUAAGUCAUCACAAAAUAUUAACGACGUUUCUUCAAAUCUGGAUAUAAGUAAGAAAGAAAGCAAAAAAGUUAACAAAACGAACACUAAAGACCCUAUUGUUCUUACUGAAACAGUCGAAAAGUCCAAUGUAGGAAACCUAUCUUUAAAUUUAAAUAAAAAAUCUAAGAAAAAAAGCAAACAGUCAAUUGUAGAUCAACUAAACCUUACUCAAGUUAAAGAUAAAUCUACGAAAGCUAUGAAGAAAAUUAAGGAAAACGAUAUUGCGGAUGACUCUUCUGAUUCUAUCGACUUAAAAUUACUUUUCUCUGAAGACAGCAUGGAUUCCAAUAAUAAAGAACGAAAAACUGAUGAGAAACCGGAAGAAUUUAUACCUCUAAAGAAAUCCGAAGCAAAAACCGAUAUUCGAAAAAAUGAGGAUAUUGAUAAUCAAGAGGAAGAAAUGCCGUUCUUCAUUGACACUGUUGGUGACAGCUCUAUGAGGAAAGAUAAUGAUGUUAAAAAACAAAUCAGUGAUGCCUCCAGUACUGCGGAUUCAAAUGACGAUGGCCCACCUCUUGAGAUUUCAUACAAAAAACGUAAUUCGCUCCUCAAUAGCGUGAAAAAAAAAGAUAAUUCCAGUGAAUCAUCUGAAUUAGGAAAUACUUCAAAGAAUUUAAAUGCAUCAAAUGUUAUUGAAGGUGAAAAGAAAAACAAAAGGAAAUCAUUAAAUAAAUCCAAUCUUACAGAAAGAAAUUCGACAGAAUCUACUGAAGCUGUGAAUAAAUCUUUAGUUUCUAAAACACCAAAGAGUGAAACUAAAAAGAAGAAUAUUAGUCUUCUAGAAACUCACAAUAAGUCCAUUCCGACAGACACGCAAUCUGUAGACGAAGAGGACAAUGUUACCCAAUCGUUAGUUCCAAAAACACCUAAAAGUGACAAGAAAAAGAAAAAAAAUAACAGCAUUUUAGAAAUACAAAAUGAUACUUUAAUAGAGACUAAACUCACAGAUACCGAGGAAACUAAUCGAUCGUUGAUUUCGAAAACUCCAAAAAGUGAAAAGAAAACCAAAAAACAAUCUGAAACUCAAUUUACCGAAGACGCAGUUAACAAUUCCCUAACAUCAAAGACAUCUAAAAGUGACAAAAACAAGAGUAUUUUAUCAGAGUCCCUUCAUAUGUCAAUUCUAACUGAAAUUGUAGAUGACAGUGAUGAGGCGAACAACAAAUCGGUAGCUAUAAAAACACCUAAAAGUGCAAAGAAAAACAAGAAUAAAUCACACACAGAUGAACUGGAAAUUAUAGAUGUAGGUGAAGUUAAAUCAUUGACUUCACAAACUCCUAAAGGAAAGAAGAAAAAGAAUUUGUCACAAUCAUUAAACAACUCGAUUCUAACAUCAAUUGAAAUCGACACUGAAGAUAUUUCUGAAGAAACUACUAGUGGUGGAAAAAAAAAUAAACAUUCAAAAUCACUACACAGUUCAAUGGUGGAAGAAAAUAUAACACACCAGUUAGGGAAUUCAAAGAAUAAGAGUCCUAAAAAGAAACGACAUAAUGAAACAGGAGAUGAUGAACAAAAGGUGGAAACAGAAAAUGUGCCAAAGAAAGAUAAUAUCGCAGAUGAAGGACAAGAUAAUGAAGGAAUAAAAAAACGUAAAAGGAAACACUCUGGCACUCCCGCUGUAGAAGUUGUUUUAACAGGCGAAGAUACCAAUGAAUCGAUUCCCAGACAAUCGAAAAAACUGAGAGUGUCACAAAAUCCUGAAGAAUCUGAUAAAACGAGAACUGAAGAGACAGAAGAAUUAGGAUCGAAUAAAUUAUGUCAAAACAUCACAAUCUCGUCCAAAAAGAAAGUCAAGAAGAUCACAGAAGCAGAAGGAAGUCUGUCACAAAAUAAAAAUGCAAAGAACUUGCUAUCGGAAAUUCAUUUUGCUGGUCAAAAUGAAAAUAAAGAAAAUGGAAAUGAAAAUAUUCAUGAUGAUGAUAGCGAAGCUACAAGCCAAGCAAAUAAUGCCAAAUCAAGCAAAAGUAAAAAACGCAAGCACAGAGAAGAUGAUGAUGGAAGACAUAAAGAUGCCAAGGUCCUCAAAGAGAACUCGUUAGAUCAGAUUCACAUUCCCCGACUGCCACCUUCGGUGCUAAAUAAAUUGACAGACAAACCUAAAUUGAAAUCUGCCAUGAAGAAACAAAAAGCUAUUUCUACAACAGAAUUUCAAGUAGAAACUGCUAAAACUAGAAGAAACAAACCAUCAAACUAUUUAGAAGAAAGCAUUUAUAUACAAGAUGAAGAUUGUGGAGCAUCUAAAAAGCAAAAGAGAGUUAUCAAGAAACCCCAAGUGUUGCCUUUUGUACCGACAGCAGCCAUUUCAAACAGCGGCUUCACGACUAAUUUUAAAGUUAAUGUUAUACCACAAGAUAUCAAAUUUGUCGCGCAAUCUAGUAAUGCCAGUAAUUUUAAAAAUGAUUACUUGAAUCGCAACAAACAAUAUCGUUCCCAAACUUCUCUUAAAAAGAAUAGAAAUAUUAAAAUAUCCAAAUUUUGAAAAGGUGCGCUUUGAUAGUUGCUUAGUAAAACGAAGACUGUGAAGAUAUUGUUGUUUGCUUGCUGUUAAAACUAUUAUUAUUAGGAAUGAAAACUGUGGUCUUAAUUGAUAUUUUUAAUGAAUGCUCAGUGCCUACUAGUAGCCACUAAAAUAAAAUGAAUGUUAACCUUUUAUAUUUAUAAUAUCUAUGGACAU